GAGGUGGGAAUAGAAGGGGAGAAAGAGAGUGACAGAGAGGAGAGCAAAAGAGAAGAGAGUUACAAAGACAGAGGACGAUAACGGAUUCUCAGAUGAGAGCAGCGAGUAACAGGGAGAAGAGACAGAGAUGGGGAGAGAGGAGGGAAAUAGAGAAAGGGAGUUAGAGCAGUGAGAGGGAGUGGGAGGAAGAAAGAGCGAGGAUAGGAGGCAGCGCAGCGCAGUGCGGGGGGGAGAGAGAGACAGGAAGGGAGAGAGGGCGAGGGAGAGAGAGAGAGAGAGAGAGAGAGAGAGAGAGAGAGAGGGAGAUGUAGAGACAGGAAGCCUCCACUGCUACUGAGCCAGUGAGACGCAGGCAGGCUGAGAGAGAAGACGGAGAGAGGGAGAGAGAGAGAGAGAGAGAGGCCCUCGGCAUCUCCAAGGCCGGCCCAAUGAGGGGGUGAGGGGCUUAGGAGCACUACAACCAAGGAGGAUCGUGGGAGGAGAAGCAGAAACUGAGGGAAAAGAAGAGGGAAAAGGGCAGGGUGACAGAAUCAGAAACAGGCUUCAAGCAGGAAAAGGGGAUUGGGUGGGUGGGAUCUGAGCUGAGGAGGGAAAAGCAGAUAAAAGUUUUGGAGAAAGAGUAGCAGAGGGAGAGGGAAGGAGAAAAGAGACCAAAGACAGAGCAGAUGUUAAUGGAAAAGGCAGGGGGAGAUUCAUGGAAAAAGAGGAGGAAGCUCUCUGUGUCUCAGGAGUCCUCCUGUUCUUCUUCUGCAUCUUUGUCUUUCUGUGAGGCUGCUGGACAUCAUCCAUCACCAUGUUCUCUGACAGCCAGGCUCCGGCACCUGGGGAGCAGAGAGGCUUCAAGCCCCACGCCCCUCACUUCAUCCCGUGGCUGCGCAAUAGUCUGAAGUCCCACCACAGCAGUGACCUGGGGCUCAACGGACCGUACAAAUCCAACUCCGAGGGCCGCAACAAUCUGACCCCGCUGGAGAGAGCCAAAGGGAUCGGGUUCUUCUCCAUCCAGGGAAAGGACCGGUCGAAGAAGGGCGACCUACGGUGUAAUGGCGUGGGGAUGGCGAGGAUGCUACCGGUGAUGCUGAGGGGACCCCACAUCCUGCCAGGCAGUCUGGGGAAGCGGAGGGAGGACAGUCCUGUUAGAUGGAACCAGUCUCCAGAGUUAGACCCAGACUCCAAGACACAGAUCAGCCCCGGGGACGGGCCGCAGGGUCUGGACAACAGCUCCAGCUCUGCCCAGGACAAUCACACUGUUGUUAGGAACCACAGCAGCCACCUGAGCCUCCUUCACUCACAGAAUGACAGGACUAGUGCCUCAGCGAGGAAAUAUGGCCCACUGGUGGGACCCCCUCAUGUUCCUGCUCCUGCACUGCUCGCUGAGGAGUCAAACUGUAAGGUGCCUGUUGUGGUGUGUACAGAGGACAGGAAGGGGAAGGUGUGGGACUACGCCAGCCAGACCACCUACCGCCAGAGAGACCUCCAUUCAUGCAGCUGGCUCAGCCCAGACACUCGGGGACUAAUCGAGAGGCAGCAUGGGUUCAGCUCCAGCCUCAGCUACAUCAAACAACAGAGCAGGAAUUCCCAGAGCCAGAGAGACCUGACAGCACUGAGGGAUCCAGCUGUGGAGGGUUUCAAUGGGCCACUCAGUAGAGUCAUCUUCUCCACUGAAGUUCCUCAGAGAGACCCAGGCUGUACCGCAACUCUACGAGGCCCCAGGAAACCGAGACCAAGCUCGGAGCGCAUUGCAGUCCUGGGCCAGAACCAGACGUGGGUCCGGCACGGAUCAACCAGUGAAGGGGAGUCACAGAGGAAAGAAGCAGGCUGCAGCAGGAAGGCGGUUCGAAACCAGAUUAAACGGGUGGUGAACAAUCUGGAGCAGGUGCUUACAGCACUGAGGGAUGUUCACCAGGAAAUGAAAGAGGUGGUGCAGCAGAUUGACUAUCUAACUUCGUCCAUUGAUCUGAAUGAGGAGGAGCAGCAGGGGACUGGAGGAGGCGACGGUGCCAAGCCUCCCAGCGACAGCAGCUCCAGUUCGGGUUCCAGCUCCAGCGAGGUGACGUUAGGCAGCACCUAUCAGAGGCCUUCAGAGCCUGAAGACCAGCCAGUAACCACACACUCAUCUGGCACCCUCAGGAGAGAUCAUCAUAGCAGGGGCCAAUCUCCACCAAGUGUGCAGUUGUGCCCGGUGUCCUCUGGUGUUUCAUCAGAGAGGAGUCGAACUCUCCGGUUCACCUGUAGUCUCGGGUCUCCUCCCAGACAAAGUGGACCGAUGCCAUACAACAGUCUCCCUUCAUCUAGUCCACCUCAACCUCAAAGCCUCACCUCCGAUGACCUUACACUGCCUCCCCAAAGAAUCCUCCCUGUACGGCCUCCCACUCCUGGUCUCUCCCCUCUAACAGUAAACCUUCAUCCCCCCAACAGCCCUGGUUCUCAGCCUCACUCCCCUGCUCCAUCCUCCCCAUUCAGGAUCAGCCCUGUCUCCCCUUCUUCCCCUCUGUCUCCGAAGUCUCAAGCACCCCCCGCCCUUAGCCCAUCUGUCAUCAUAGAGACCAAAGUUGGGUCCUAUCAGACCCCACAAAGUGACCACCCAUCUGCUGGCUCGCUCUCUCCAUCAUCGACCCAGCCUCCGUGUGCCAGCUGCCCACCCACCGAUACAGAAACUCAAGCUGUGUCCAACGCUGACAGAGAGAGUCGAGCGUCCUCAGAAGCACCUGCUCAUACAGCUUCACAAGUGUGUGCCGCCUCUGCAGCCACAGCUAAACCACCCGUAGCACAGAGCCGCAGAGGUCGCAAACCUCCACCUUACCCCCACCACAGAUUCUCUGAACACACAAAGAGAGCGAAGGAGACCCGCAAAGCUCCUCCGUAUCCAGAGAAAAGAAGGCUGCUCUCGACCACAGUGUGAGACAUUGCAGCAGGAGGGAGGAGGCUGAUCGAACAGAGCCAUAUUAACAGCACCAGCCGCGAGUCCGCAAGAGUGGAGAGUGAUUUAAGGCUCGCCAAGUUGAGCUGAGACCAAGUUUCCAAGGUGACAGGACGUAGAUGCAACUUGGGGAUCUGGAUGUGCUUAUUUCCUGUUGUGAUCCCGGAGGAAGCCUCGAUGGUGACAAAAGGGACACACAAACAUCCCUGCUGAGCAUUUCCCCAACUCCAGGGGAUCACAUCUAGACAGAUGAGAGAAACCAAACCGAGACCAAACAAGGGCACGGAGCCAGAGCAGGAGGAGGAAACAUGUGCUCUCACUAAUGGCAGAAUGUCAGGACUGUCCUUGCUGGGGGAAGGAGGCGUGUCAAGGUGUGCUUCACUUCACCGACGACCACAUCAGACACGGCAGACCUCCGCUAAGUGACUGAGCUCAGACAUUAACCUUCCAUGAAACAUUAUGUGCAAAGACACGACGAUUCUGAGUCUGACUUCCAGGACAAAUAAAAAGUUUUUGUGUUA